UCCACGUGGGCCACGAGACAUGCAACUGUGCAAUCAUACAACUCCCUCCUCCCAAUCCAUCUCAUAGUCAAUCCCUCUUUUCAAAAUUACCAGUCUCUAAAUUCUACUCGAAUUACAAAAUUUCCAACACUAUACAUUCCAAUUUCUAGAUUUAUAAUAUUAAUAAAUUAAUAAAGUAACUUAAUUUAAUUCUGGGUUAGGUAAGAAUCAUAUAAUAAGAGUUGAAAUCUCCCAAAAUCAAUCAACCAAUCUUCUGCAGUUCAUCAAUUUGAUUGAGCACGAGGAGAGAGAAAGAAAGAGGAGGAAAUUUUCGACACUUCAAUGGAGGAUCAAAGUUGCAGCAGCGUCGAAAUUGAUGAUUUUGAUUCAUAUGAUCACAAUUCUCCUUGGGCUCUUGAUAUUGGAGGUACUCUUAUCAAGUUGGUAUAUUUUUCAAGAGAAGAUGGUUGUUUAGAGAACAGUUUUGGAAACAGUGUCCGACUUGAGGAGGUUGGACUUGAAACUAGUUCCAAGAAUUAUCCUAUUCUCGAUGGCAAGCUCCAUUUUAAAAAGUUUCAGACCAGCAAAAUAAAUGAGUGCUUGGACUUUAUUGAAUCCAAGUUACUCCAGGGAAGCUGUUGCAGGCAUCAAGAGGUUUCAGGCAAAAAAAAAUUGAUAAUCAAGGCUACUGGCGGUGGAGCCUAUAAAUAUGCUGAUCUCUUUAAAGAGAAAUUUGGGGUUACGUUUGACAAGGAGGAUGAGAUGAACUCCCUUGUGUCUGGUGCUAAUUUUUUGCUAAAGGCAGUCCCUUGUGAAGCUUUCACGUACAUGGAAGGUCGGAAAGAUUUUGUGCAGAUUAAUUCCAGUGAUUUAUUUCCUUAUCUCCUAGUCAACAUUGGAUCUGGAAUUAGCAUGAUUAAGGUUGUUGGAGAUGGAAAGUUUGAGCGAGUUAGUGGGACAAGUUUAGGUGGUGGCACCCUCUUGGGUCUUGGAAUGCUUUUAACAAAAUGCCAAAGCUUUGAUGACUUGCUGGAGAUGAGUCACAAGGGAGAUAAUAGAAAUAUUGAUAUGCUUGUCAGCGACAUUUAUGGAAGUGACUAUUCUAAGAUUGGCCUGUCGGCAAGAACAAUAGCGUCUAGUUUUGGCAAGGUAAUUUUUGAUAAUAAAGAACUGAAGGACUACAAGAAAGAGGAUAUUGCCCGAUCCUUAUUGCGGAUGAUCUCAAACAACCUUGCACAGAUUGCUUACUUGAUUGCGAUGUGGCAUGGGAAAUUAAAACGGAUAAUCUUUGGAGGAUCGUUUACCCGCAGCCAUGAAUAUAUUAUGGAAACAAUAUCCGAUGGAGUUGAAUACUGGUCGAAAGGUGAAACGAAGGCCAUGUUUCUGAGACAUGAAGGGUUUUUGGGAGCAUUGGGUGCAUUCAAGAGUUAUGAGAAGCACGGCCUUGGUAGUUUAAUGGGCCACCAUUUAUCUGAACAAUCGCCUGUAGCAUCACCUCGCCCUCAGCUUGAACAAAAGUCAAAUGGCCCCUUGCUUGUUGAGUCAACAGAUGCUGAAAGCGUUGGUUGCUGCAUUCUUGGCAGUGAUACCAUGAAAAGAACCUAAACCUGGUUUUUUGGGGGGUUUUGUGGCAAAUUUUUGUUUGCCUUGUUGUCUAAUUAUAGUCGUGUAUUAUACCAUUAGCAGUAUUCUUCAUUUCAACAUUCAAUAUGGUAAUGUGUCAUUAUUGAAAAUCUUAUUUGUACAUAAAAAAGUUACCCGAUAUUGUGACAUAUAAUUCGACAAGGUAAUAUAUUGGGUUUUGAAAUUCUUGGAAAA